AUUCUGCAAAGAACCAUCACAGCAGGCUGAUUGUGACGAAACACGGGUAUAGAAAAUAAAAAAGCAUAUUGAAACUGUUUAGGAUAGCUUUCGGUACGUCACUUCAUUCGGUGGAUAAUUUACUGCAAUUGGAAGGAAAGUUUGUCAUAAAAUAAUUUGAAUAGUCAAAUGUGUGCUAGAUGGGAUGCAUAUUUCUGCGUGCAAUUAGUGUGUUGGUGGAUUUAUAUUUUUCUUCAAUCGGCGUGCAGAAACGUUGACAGCCAUCUUACGUUUCGGGGUUCUUUCGAAGCAAGUUCUUUUGGUGAAUAUCGUGAAAAGUUUCAAUUUCGAACCUUGCAAUUAGUGUGAUCAGACGGAAAAAUCAAUUGUUUUUGUGGCCCAUCCUGAAGAUUAACAAAAUGGACUGACGAUAACAAAACUGGACUGUUCAAAGUGUGAAAGUGAUCGAAGGGGUGUGUCAUACAUUUGGAAUUUGAAUGGGAAAAUAAGUAAUAAAUAUAAAUAAGUAAUAAAAAACGAUGCGUAUAACAAAACAUUACAGUAUUAGCAUAUGAACUGAAAGUGCAAAGUGAAAACUUGUUACAGAUUGUCCCAUUGACCGACGAUGAAUCUGUAAGGGACCACCGUGUAUGGGAGCUGCAAAACGUAGUCGACGGAUCCCGGCCGCCAAACGUGUUGCUUACAGGCGUCUAUUUCGGAAGCUGUGCCAACGAUACCCCAGUGCUAGUUUCGCGAAAGCAGGAAACGCCACCAAAGGCAGUCGGAACUUGUUCUGCCACCUGAUGCAUAAGCGAUAUCUGAAACACCAGCUGAACGCUCAUCAUCGAAACCAUUACCUUGUGCUGGACAAAAAAGUUGGCGUACCUGUGCACUCCAAAGGAACAGUUCCGGCAUACUUUCGAAAGCGCAUUCUAAGGAACCGUUUGGCAGAGAAAGAAAACUCAAAGGUUGAUUCCGUUGGCGACGAGAAAGCAGAACCUGACUCGGAAACUUCAGAGGAGAUCCCACCAACUAAUGGCGACGAGGACAGUAAGGUUUCAUCAAAGAAUCCAGAGAUUCCCGACCCAACAAAAUUUUCAGUUUUGAAGGGAGAUAUCGAAGAAUAUUGCGCAGUACAAGAGAAGGUUCAGAUAUUAAUUUCCAUGCUGAAGGCACGAGCCAGAGAAUUGGGAAAUGAUGGCGGCGAGAAGAAAGAAGAAGAGGAGAAAGAAAGGCACAUUUCGACGAUGAAGCUCGAACAGAAUGAGUGUGAUACUGCAGAGCUGGAGUCACUUGCCGAAAAGUAUUAUGUUCAUUCUGAUGACGAAGAUACCAAAGAUAUUGUUGAGAGUAAGGUAGAAGUAAACGAUGAACAUAAAGAAGAAUCCAAACAUGACAUAUUGUUCGUGGACGCAGAUGCAUUCAACGAUUCUGAAUGUGAAUCCUCCGAGUCCAAACCAAAUCUGUUUGGAAACCAUGAGGAGCUCCUGCCGGUCAAGAGCCUGAAAGACAUAUCACCAUCGGACCUCCUAGAUCCCACAUUUAGUAGCAUUAAGUUGGAACCUAUUCUCAAAACGAAUUCCGUUGUCGACGCUCUGUUCAACAAAUUCAACUUGAAACUUCCUACCGCAGCUCCAAAAGAUGAAACAAAUCCGUCAUCAGAAAAUGACGAGAACAUCAUUAAACGCCUUCGAGAUCGUAGGAAAAUUGCGCUUAAGCCACGUUACGUGGAUGAAGAAGACGAGGAACCGAAAAAGUGGCGACCAUCUAGAAUAUUCGACAAGAUUCACAAGAAACUCAACAUCGACCUGGAUUGCAACUCGAACUCCUCGACUGAGUUUUAUGGUUUCGAUGAGGGAGAGGUCAUCAAACUGGACAAGCCGACUGUUCCCGGACUGCUUCCCACCCCUAUUGUUAAAAAGUCCCGUCCUAACGCUCCCUUCCUUGCGCACGAUACCACCUUCGAGGAUAUUAAGAUCGAAAAUCGUGACGAUCUGUUCCGAGAGGAGGGUUUGAUCUCGUUUGGCUCUCUUCCACCCCGGCUGGAAUGCCCUCGGAGGCCCGAUGAUAUGGUACGGCCCCGAACGGUGGCACAAAAACGAAUUCUACUGCAAAAGAAAAAUGACGUGCGUUACUUGAUGAUCGACAACGAGUCUAAAAUUUUCAAUGAAUUGGAAAAACGCAGCAAAAACAUCGAUGUUGAUUUAGAUUUUGAUAGGAUGAAAGAACUGCAGGACCAGAAUAUACCGUUCACCCGAGACACGUGGCGAGCUUUGGCAUGGUUGAGGACGGAGAAAGGAAAGUACUUUUUCCAAACAAUGAAAAUCGAUAAUCAUUCCAUAAAACUUAGUGGUUGCGAAGGGAAUCAUGCAAGCAAAAAGCACGCCAAAAAACAGCUCUCUGCUCCGAGCUCUAUCAGCCGAAAACAGGAGUGCAGGUGCCCGGAGUAUCCAUCGAAUGUAACCAUAGACCUCGGUGCAAUAGAGCCACAGGUGUCGAUCAAAUCAGAACCCGAAGAGUGUCAAAUAUUCGACCCAGCACUCGACAAGAAACUUCUUCGUGGCAGCUCAAGUUGCCUAUUGUCGACACGCCCAGGUCCUCUAUCGUCCAAACUUCGAUACGAUAGCGAUUUGCUCCAUCGAACAGAGGAUGACGCAUACCUUGGUCCGUUGGAAAUUCUAGAAAUGCCAACUGUUGAAAUCGAAGUAUUUCCACGAAUCGAUCGUCCCCUCGAUCCCAUCGUCAAACCCUACCUCAAAAUGCUGCUGCCUUUCAGCGGUAUCACCGAAAAGUGGGCCCGCUUUGCCGUGUCCACUCUGAAAACGUCCGACCGGCGUGAGGAAGACAUACCUCCCGAGGAGCGCUCAUUUUCCUUCACCCUUCCGUACAGCAACAACCAGCGUAGAAUUUUAAUACGACGACGGGUUGUGAACUCAUGUGAGAAGCAGCAGUCGGAGGAAAGCAUGGAUAAGUUCGAGAAGGCACUGAGAGAACCGCUAACAUUCCGGAAACAUCUGGAUGCUCCCGAUAGCAGUGGUGUCAAUGAGAUUGAUCCAGCGGAGAAAGAUUGCGCGGAUAUCCUGACGGAAAUAACAGAUGCGGUCGCGAUCAGUCUAGCGGAGGAUGUAUUCGUUGGUCGAGACCCGGAUUGUGAUUAUACGAGGGAAGAUAAACCGCUGGAUAAACCGAACGUUGUUGGCGCCGAAAGUGGAAAACCUAGCGAGAGUGCGGCCAAAUGCAAGCGAAUGCUCCGCGAGAUGAAACGCCUGAACGCCACCAUAAUCGAGACGAUCCCGGACUCCCAGGGCGAGGAACAGAAAUCGCAGUGCGAUAGGCGCUACUGCUCGCACGGUUGCAUUUGCGAGGUCUUCAGUGGGAAACACACCAGUUCCGCCGGUGUGGCACGUAGUCACUGCAAUAAGAUUGACUGUAUCUUUGGAUGUCAGUGUGGCUACGAGAAGAAACGAACGACGGCGAUGGGGAAAGAACUACCGGCGGCCCUCAGUGAAGAGGGUUUCUCGGCUCUCACGAAGGAGGACGUGAAAUAUCUCCGGGAGAAGGCUACCGCCCGUUUGGCAAAGGAAGAACGUGAUUUCACUCCGACUGUGAUACUUACGAACAACAGUACGGUACUGGUGCGGAACACCGAGAUCGAGAUGCGAAGGAACAAAAAGAAGCCAAAAAAAUAUGAUGACUAUUAUAACGAUAGCAGCGUGAAAAAUCUACUCAACGGUGUGACCUGUGAUGUGGUGGAAGAUCGUCGUGAUCCGUCGCUGGAACGAGUACAACCGUGUUCAACCAUUGAUAAACCUCUGAGCCUGCAUGACAGAAUACGACACACACAUGUGGUUUUGAACAGACUAGAUCUGGACCAUAUCGAACCAUGGUGUAUGGUGCACUGUCUUUAUCGCUGCUAUUGUCGUGGCAAUGCGGUUGCAGGUAAACCAUUCAAAUUUAACGAGGAGAGUAAUAUCGUUCUGCCGGCACCAGCGAUAGCACCGGAACAGGCUCUUCUGCCGCAGAAUUACGAGCCUCGUCGAAGACGUCUCUAUUCGUUCGAAAAACCCGAAUGUCUCGAUGAAAUGCGUAUACCACAGCGAAAGCGUGACAGCUCCGAGGAAUCGUAUAAACCGUGGAAUGAAAGAAGGAAAAAACGAAGAACUCUCGAAGAUCAGCACUCCAAGAGUUUAGAGCAGAAGGACUCCAGUGAGUCGUUAUCUUCAUCGAAAAGAACAUCACUGGAGGAUUUGCAGAUUCAUGAUGGUCAAACAUGCCGGCGAGCUAUUCCGGUAAAUAGGAAUUUCUAUAAAACACGAAACUAUUACCGCAAGGACCGUUACCAACGGGAUAUCGAAGAAACAAAACGAGCCAAUCCUCAUGCAGAGAAAAGGCUCAAAGCGCUGCUGGAGACAUGUGAGAGAACGUUCUUCGAAGAACGCAAACGUGAAUUGGAAGACAAAGCUAGAGAAGUUAGAGAGAAACAGAUAAAAACACAACGAGAAGCGAAUGCUGAAAAUGCUGGAAUCAGGCAAGACAAGCAGCGAACCAAAGAACCGAUACACAUCGAUAUCGUUGAAGAGGAAGAAAAAAUUAGGAAUAACCCUUUGCUCGGUCCUCUGGUAGAUAUGAGCAAGGUACUGAUUUUUUGCGGGAAAAAGAAGUAUUACGUAGAGCACAGCGCCAUUGAAAGUGGGAAGGUGAACCUGAUUAACAUUGCCAAAAAGUUUCGAUCCACUGUCUACGUGAUAAAGAGGGUUGAGAAUGACCCGCUGGCAAAAAAUAUCAUAUUUGGCUAUCGAAAUGAGAACAUCACUCUUCAGGGACGCAAAUACAGCAAAUACCAAACCUACAAACAAACUGACAAUGAACAUGUGGAUUUAAAUCUCGUCUGUGACGGUGAAAGUCCGGAAUCCUCUAGUUCUUUGGUGCAAGAUGCAACUCCCGAAAGCGAUACCAUUAAAAAAAUUAUGCUCGAUCAGGUCAAUUCAGACAUCACGCAUACGAUGCAACACAUUCGGGAAAUGCUGCGAAAGAACACCACAACGCUGAAUCCUCCGAAGAAAGGCAUUUUAUACCUUUUCAAGUGGGAGAAAUUCUUGCAGGCCUUCAACGAAGAUUCACUGGACGUGUGGGAUGUAACGUUCCAAAAUGGGGCGGAUCUGGUUAUAAUAACGACGGAGGACACGCGGAAAAAUACACCAACCUUCAAAGACACUAAAUCCGUUCGUUUCGCCCGUAAAAGCACCUUCGAAACGAAGGGCGCGUCACUCUUAACUAAAAUGCUGCUGUACCAGAUUGACAACCCAGAGACCAAUAAGUUAUCAUUGGUGCUUUUCGGCACUGAAAACUAUUGGCGAUUUUGUGGGUUUAUCAAGGCCGGAAGCAAUUAUUUGGAGAAUGGGUGCGAGGUACGACCAACGCCCGUUUCACAUCCCAAAGUAGCUCCCAAAAUCAACAAAUACUUCGAAGCGUUUGUUGCCAACCAGGUGAAACGGGAAGCGGCAAUACGGCCGCCAGCGGUGGAUAAUGCUACGGAUGGUGCGAAACCAAAGGCAAAACGGACCGAUGCGGUGGAGGCUCCAAAGCCGAUCAGAGCACAGAAACAAAAAGAACCAACGCAAGCUAAGCAACGUGUGGCACUGCCUAAAAUGCCUGCGAUCAAGUCCAACGUCAAGUUGAUGGAAACGAAGAUUAAAGAUUUUAAAAAUAUCGCAAUUCCAAACGUCGGAACACGUCGUUGGUUCAUGCUAAACAUUGUGAACGACUUCAGUGACAUCUACAUUCCCAGCUGGAAGUCCUGCCUGACGUACGGAAGAAUUAAGCAAGCUAUUCAGCUGGCUAAUCGGUACAAAAAGACGGUCAAGUUAACAUCGAUCGUUUUGAAAAGUAACCAGGAUGAUGUGCUGCCCCAAAUUUAUGCUGCUCCCGGCCAGGGAGAUUGCAUUUUUCUAGGCCCUUACACUUACACCCAGCACAUCGAUUUGAUGCUUUGCCAGAAUGUCGAUGGAAAAAUGUAUACCCGGGAAGAGUACGAACGGAAUAACCAUAUCGUGAGGUUGGAACAGACGACCGGUUCCUGGCUAUACAUGAAACCCAAUCCAGCGGCAGUUCCCUCAGCUCCCUCAACGUCAUCGCAAAUUGCUACGAAGGCUAAACCGCCUACCAGAACGGCGACUGUAUCCUCCAGCGACGACGAUUGCGUAGUUAUCGAUGAUGCAAACGAUUGUCUCAAAUUGAAGUCACCGACUGAUGAACACCAAGGACUACACCAUCCAAAGAAGGAACAAACUUCGGAACCUUCCAAGAACAACAAUCAACAGCUAGAAUCACUCAUUCAUCAGCUAUACGAUGACUCCGAUUCAGAUGAAUGUACCGCAUCGGAAACGUUAUCAGCGGCUUCCAAAUCGCAAGCAUCCGAUCUAAUAGAUUCGCCGAGUUUUAAUAAAAUAGAAGAAACUACCAAAAAUCAGCUGUCGCUGUUAGUCGAUAAGACAAUCGAGAACAGCAAACAAUUGACCGUCCCCAAUAAUAGUGCAAUUUCCAACAGAAGAAUGUCGUGCAUUCCUGCCAGCAACAGCCAGGUAUCUACCGCUGCUGGCAAACCACACCUACAAGCUAAGGAUUUGCCAACGAUUCAUCAAAAUACAACGAAACCCAAACGCAAGUCUACUGGAACGAUCGAGCCCCAAGUUCCGAUAACAAACGCGAAAAAAUCUCGCUUAUCAUUACCAACGACCGCUGCUUCCGCAACUGAAGUUGUCUGUCUGGAUGAUGACGACGACGACGAUGAUGAUAAUGGUGGUGCAGCAAAAAGCACAAUAAGCCCUUCCGCCUCAAAAAUGAAGCCACCUUCAAGCACCACCUUCCUAAAUAGUCAACAGGCCGCGUUGAUUGCCAGUAAAAUUAAUCUUCUAAAUCCAAACCAGAAAGGCGUUGUUAUGUACAAUCCAUCCACUGGACUGCUUCGCAUCAAACGAUCAUUGAUGAAAAGUCUGACGGAAGGGUCAACUGUUCCGCUUCCCACCGCUUCUAGCUCGAAAUCUGAAACAGUGAACGCGAUUCCCAAGAAAGCUACCUCCCCAGGCCAAAAGCUGCCUGAGUCCACUGCAAAUGUAAGAAGGAAGAAUAACAUGGAUACAGCGGCGCAACCACCAUUGCCACAAAAACCCGUCAUUUUGAGUUCCGCGGAUGUUCAGGCAGCACCUUCGAAACCACCCACGGUACCGACGGAAGGCGUUCUUCGUAGUAACAUCCCCGGGCUUGGUCUCGUGGCGGUACUCUGGUCACCUAGAGAUAUCAUCAUUAAGGUGCGUGAACUGUCCGUUAGGCAUCAAUUCGUCAGACUGUCAAAUAUGGAGGCGGCUGUGGUGCUAUUGAAUCGAUUUAUUCGCAAGAAUACGUACACCUUUAAACCUUUCUCUUUGACCAUCGGUUGGAAGUUCGAAGUGCGCUCAACGCCGAUUCUGCCGGAGGAAAAUCUCAUCAAUACCAUCAGUUUGCGUUGCGUCAUCACAACGGACGGCGUCGUAGAUCUGUACAAAGCUAGUGCAAUUGUCGCUUUCCAGCAUAUCAAGCCCAACUUCUACGAGGAACUGCUCCUGCUGCGUUUGUCGAUACUCUGCUGCAAGAAGGAACAAUAUGAACAGGAAAAGUGCCACAAAUUCUUCGAAAAUAUAUUUGUUAAGGCUUCUACCACAAUCAAAGAAUUGAAAUCCGCUUCAGAGGCCCUAACGGCGCAAAGUAGCUUCCUGCGGGAGCAGUUGGAGGAACGAAAGUCGUAUUUAACAAAGCUCAAAGCAAACCUCGGCACACGCCAGCAACAGCAUCCAUCCGUAUUACGAAUGGUAUCAAAGCGCGUCCCCGUGCCACAGUCAAUACUAAAUAGCGCGCUCCAAGUCUCGGCGACGGACACCCGACAAAAAGAAUCUGUGAUUGUAAUAGAUGAUGAUUGAAUCACCUGAACCGGAGAAAUUAUCGAUUUUGUUGCCUAUAGUCAAUAAGAUAAUAUCGCUUUAUAUGUACAUGUUAUCGCGCUAACGCCUUCGCGUUCUUAUCGUUAUUUUGAAUCGUUUUUAUCUGAUGAUUACUUUCAUAGACAAAACAAAUUUGCUUUUCUGAUUCGUUAACAUUUAGUUUCGGUCCGAUUUUUUUUCCAAAUUCACGUUAAUGGAAAGUGAAAUAUCUAAAUAAAUUCGUAGUCAAAGUAGAAACUAGAUAAGAUUUGUAAAUAUGUGAAACACAUACUUCUGAUUUCAGAAGUCGAUCUCGGUUAAGUACACAGAGUUCAUCCAAAAGGAUGUCUUGUAGGGUAAGCUAAUGCAACGUCACAAUAAAAUAAUGUAGUAUCCUAAAAUGAAGAAUACGUUUUCGAUUUACGAUAACCUACCGAUA